AUGGUCGAUGCACUGACGCCGUCGACGGUGACUACAGUCAAUGCCAUCGGCGUUCAAGCCUUCAGCCCUGGGCUAUGGCUCUCCUCCAACUCGAAGUUCUCCUUUCCGACGAGCAGAGUCACCAGCAUCACCGUCUCCUCUCCGUCAAACCACGCCAACUACGUCACCAACGAAAGUAACCGCGAGAACAACUGGACACCUAGAGGGCCUACCACGCCCGUCCGAGAAAUGGGAUCACCCUUCCAGCGUUCCUCGGUGGCGCACACACCUCCAAGCCAGCCUCUUGGACAUGGAAACUCGUUGUCCCAGCUUCAACCAGCGCAGGUGACGAUGUUGAGAGAUAGCUUUCAGAUCCUCGAUCGCGACUGUGACGGCAUUGUGAACCGCGAAGACGUGGCAGAUAUGCUACUUCAAUUAGGUACGGGAGAGGAUAAGGUCAACAAUGCGUGCCACCUUGCUAACCAGACAUCUGCAGGACUACCUUCGAACCCCUCAGACGUCUCACACUUUUUCCCGCCGUCACAACCGCAGACUAUCGCGUUGGCGGCGUUCCUAAACUCGUUGGCGGACAAAUUGGCAGCACUGUCCGCAAGCAGCGAGCUCAUGUCUGCCUUCUCUGCGUUUGACGAGGACGACAGCGGGCAGGUUGAUCUGGCUGAUUUGAGAGACGCUCUGCUAAACACGGCCCCCGAGCCUGGAGAGCGUCCUCUAACGGCAGCAGAGGUCGACAAGGUGAUAAACGGCUUCACGGGGAGACGAGCGUUCAACAAGAACAUGAACGCCCAGCUUGGCGCGAAACGGGGUGAUGUGUUUAGAUAUCAAGAAUUCGUCAGUUCGAUCAUGGGAUCGAAUGGAGGCUCGGGCGGGUCUUCGCAAGAGAACUCGGAAGGCUAG